GCAAGUCACCCAAACCGAGUCACCCCAGAGUGUUGAUAUGUGGACCAAAGUCCUGCUUCUUUCUUUAGUGUUUAGAAUCCUUCGUCUCUGGAUGAUGACGUCAUUUACAGCGCUGCUUGUGAUUGGUCAAGUCCUUCUAUAGUCCACUCAGCAGAGCUGUUGUACAUGGGAGCUGUGAAAGUGAGUUUUGAGCCAGUGUUGUGCCUUAUGGAUCUCUGCCAUAGCAGAAUUGUCAUUCAAUGUGAUGUUCUGAUAGUGAUUUCAUGGCUGAGCAGGACAGGCAGUAAUAUUCCAGCCUUGUUAGUAACAUUCUAAUGUUAGAAUCUGAAUUUAUAGCAAUGUCUGUGAAAAAGGUUAGAAAUUCAAACCAUAAAACUGGUGAUGGUUAGAGAAUCUAAUAAUAAUAAUACUAAUAAUUUAUAUGAUGUUUAGGUGCUCAACCCAACACGUGAUAGUCUUUUAUAUGAUCAUCAUUUAAGACAUUAUUUUUAUAUGCACAUAGUUCUAAAUGGCUCUGGUAAAUUGCUUCUACUGGAAAGUGUUUAAUUCUCACAGCCCUGUCUCCAACAUUAGUGCCCAGUAAACAUAUGGAAUGGAACCUUGUAUAAAGACUCGUAGAUAACAAAGUGAUUCAUUUAAGUGAAAGAAUGACGUGUGAAUAGACCAUUUUAUAGAAAUAAUUCAGUUUUUUUGUUUUACUAUUUUAUUCUCUAUUCAAAGGAAAAGUUAAUCAUUGUUCACUAUUUAUGUAAACUUUUCAACUCUGUUUAUUUAAAAAAUAAAAGAAAUAAUGUAUAACUAACCACACUUUUGUUUGGCAGACAUAAUUUAUCAGCACUAAAAAGAAAAUGGGUAGAAGUUAUUAUAUAGAAGAUACAGUUGAGAAAUAUUUCUCCAAAAUCAUUCAGCUACAGAAACCAUAUGUAACUGGACUCAUUAUAGGCCAAGUAAGUAAAUGUUUAUAUACUAAAGAUCCAAUUUGCUUUCAUAUUAAAAGAGCUCUGUGGGCCAUUGGUGGCCAGUGAAAGGCGCUGUCAGCUUAUUACUGCAGCUCGAGCAAACAUUUCUUCAUUUGUUGAGAAAACUAGACCAUCACCUGGAGGACUCCACUUCAGUGUUCAACCUUUUGAAAAAUUGUUUAAAAUUUAAAGGUAAGAAGGCAAUGGGGGACUCCAGGCACCAUAACAUUUCCACUUUCAAUUCAAUAUAAUCACAUGAAUAUUUAUUUAUUUAUAAAAUAUUUUACCAGGAAAUAUACAUUGAGAAUAUACAUUUAACAAUAAGAUAAAAAUGCUUAUGUAUGGGAAUUUUUUGCUAAACCAUGAGUUAAUUUAAUUUAAAAUAUUUAUGAAUACAGAUAUUGCAAUUUUAGUCUAAAUAGUAACUUGCAGUUCUCUUGUCAUUUCAUCACUUUACUGGUUUUAGUGAAUAACCCCCAAUGUGUUUAAGCAAAACAUUGAUAGUGUUCAAUGAAAACAGUAAUUAUGAAAUGGUUUAUCUUGUUCGCAGUGCUGUACGCAAAGAGAUUAUGUAAUUCUGGCUGCUCAAACUCCACAAAAAGAGAAUAGCGAAGAACCUCCCAAAAAACCUAUUCUGUCCAAAUUGGAUGAAAUUGAUGAUGAAUGGGUUUCUGUUCACGCUAGCCAGGUAUGUAUAACACAACUCUAGUUGGACCUUGCGCAGAAAUGAGUCCUUCCGUUGUCCAGUCAUUUUGGCAUAUCUAUGCAAGAACAAGUACAUUUAAAUUUACUUUAAAAUCUUAGCAUAUUUUAAAUGGGGUUUUAUGAAUGCUGGUAUGAUUUAGCAAUUGGGUGAAGUUAAAAGGAACCAAAAGAUUUUUCUAAGUGUCAGGAAAGAGGAUUAUUAAAGUGCUAGUAAUGCAUACAUAUAAAUGGCUUUCUUAUAUAAAAUGAUAACCUUUAUGUAGUUUGCUUGCUUUGUCUUUUACCAUAGAAGGAAUCCCUAAGAAAAAAAAAAACAACCCAUCAAACUGGUAUUUUAAAUUAAAUGCUUUAUUCUGGUUAGUUCACUGAUUACUUCACAGUACAGAGAGAUCAACCAGAAUGUACAAGGUUACAUACAAAACUUACACUUAAAAGUGAGUUUUAAUUUGUAGAACAAAAUAGCUGAGUUGGAAAAGUUUUCAAUUUUGGCUUGAUUAUUUUAAUUUAUUUUUGUCUACAAUUGGGAACUGACAAUUCUCACAUUAGUGAAUAACCCUGUUAAAAUUCCAGUGAUGGUUAGUGACCAGAAUCUGCAUAAAAGGUGAAUAAUUAACGGAAGCCACAUAUUUGCUGGAAACACCUUGGAGAAGUCAAAGUAAAGUACCAUAACAUUUUUUUUUUAUUUUAAAUGUUGCCGGUUCCACACAGGUGUAAUAAAUCUCUUAGUCAUUUAUUUUGGUGUUUCGCUUCCUUAUUGUUUUUUUUUUUUUUUUUUUUUGUUGUGCAUAAAAUAAGAUACAGGAUUUCAGUGAUCACGACAUUGCUUAGUGACUGAGGAGAUAUCCAAAGUUACAUGUCUAAAAGAAUAGACUGCACAAUUUUUUAAUGAUGAAGACAGGCAUAGUACACUGUGAUGGCUUGUUAAUAGUGUGAUAGUGUACAGGCGAGUGAUUUUGCCUCUGGUUCGGAAAGCGCUAAACUAUAACAGGUUAGGUAUAUAUUCCUUAUUGUUUUUUACACUGUUUAUGAGAUGAUUGGAAGGAGACCUUAGAGAUCUGCACCCAAAUUUUGAGUGGCGUGCUGGCCCUCCCUAUUUGCCUUGUAGAAGUACCCAUUCUUUUAGUACAGUCUGUGAUGGUCAGUCUGUCUCACACUAAUAUUAGAUCUCUUGCUGUGUGAUUGAUGAGUUCUGUCUGUUACUGGUAACUGUAUAGUUCUCUGCAGUCUGUGAACAAAUUAUUAAUCUGUUAAAACAUAAUAUUUGAAACUGUUUUAUGAGUUACCAUUAUGGAUAUUUAUUAAUUAUACAUUCGAAAACAUACAAAUUCAAGUAACAAUGGCGCUAAUAAGCGGACCAGAGAAACAUUCAAAUAAAGCUUCACUUCACACGUUGUAUAAACCCAAAAUAAAACUCAGUACAAUAUUAAAAACAAAUAAGGUGCGCUGUGUCUUUAAGACGUGUACUUAGUAAAAUAUGUAAAAUCUUUGUAUAAAUGUUAUUUGCUAAAGUGCAUAUAUCUUGAAGUGCAAAAAUAAAUGUGCACUAGUGCAAUAAAUAGAUAACAAUAAAGUGCUUCAAUUCUUGUGCAAAAGAGCAGUGUAAAGGGCCACACUUUACUUACACACAAUUUACAUUGGUAUGAGUUGACUCCACAUAGAAGGUACACAUGUAAAAAAGGAAAAAACAACAACCUCAUAGGGCAAUAUUGCACAGUAAAUUUAAAAAGGUAUUAAAACUUUAAAUGAUUAGAAUAUUUUAAAUGAUUAAUGGUUUUCUGAUGAAAUUUGUUAGGUGGGCCGCAUGCUACCUGGUGGUCUCCUGGUAUUGGGUGUAUUUCUCGUGACAUCUCCAGAUCUUUCAAAGGAUUCGCAGAAUGCACUAAGAAAGGCAAGAAUACUCCUUUGUAUAUUUGUAACUUUUCAUAGCAUAAAUGUAUAUGUUCCUUGCUUGAUUAUACGUAUGUAUGAAUCUUGAUGAAGACCCUUAUUGCUUGCAUAUAUUUAAGCAGAGGCAUAAUUUUCUGUAGUAAAUCGUCUGUUUCUGCAUAAAAAAACCCAUUGCAAACAAAGUUUGUGAACAAUGGCAACUGCAACUUUAUCCAUAUACUUGUGUGUAGAAUUAAAAGGAAGCUAUUGACGCUACUUUACAGACCUUAUCAAGCUGUGCCAGGAUCUGUGGAUUUUAGCUUUAGUGAAAUAAAUAGGAAGAUAUUUCAAGAAAAAAAAUAGUGUUACAUAACUUUAUGAUAAAAUGGUUCAAGUACUAAAAGUCUUAAUGUAUCACUUGGUCCUGGUAAAGCACAUGUGCGACUUGAAAGAAUCAUACAAAGAUGAUUGUAAAUUGUAGAAAAGUUAUAAGACAAUAGACAUUUGUAAUCCAAUAAAGACAAUCUGGAAACAAAAAAACUUUAAGAUAUUUGUCUAUUUUGCCCUUAGUUCAUGAUUUCGUAAAUGAGUUAUUUGUAAUCUUACUAAUUAUAAUGAUGAUAUCCAUCUCAACAGCUUAUUUUUACAGUGGAGAAAUCCUCAAUGAAGAACAGAUUAUGGACCUCUGAUGACAAUGAUGUAUCUGAGAGGGUAGCUGUUCACAUAUGCUCUGCAACCAGAAAGUAUGAUCUCAUUGUUUUACACAUCAUAUCAUUCAUUACUCAUUGCUUAAAGGGACACUGUAGGCACCCAGACCACUUCAGCUCAUUGAAGUGGUCUGGAGGCAAUGUCCCAUCUCCCUUAACCCUGCAAUAGUAAUGAGAAACUGCAAAAAUUACUAUCCAGGGUUAACUCCACCUCUAGUGGCUGUUACCAGAAUCCACUACUGAAAUGUGUUUUGCUUUUCUGUUUGAAUAUGUCUAAGAUGAAAGAAUUAAUAGUUGCUAUACAAGAAUGUGCACAUUGACAAACUAUCAUAUUUUCAGUAUUCUCACCUGCAUUUUGUUUGGUUUUCUUUUGAAGAAUCACAUGUCGCACCUUUGAUGUUAAAGAUCCAAAGGUAAUUUAGAAUAUUGGUAAUAAUUUCAAAGAAUAAUAUAUAUAUUUAACUACAAGAAUGCUGAUGUUUGCCACAGUCAGAAAAGCAAUACAUUUCUAUAUUUUCCCUUUCUUUCCAAGAGUACAGCCAAGCCUGCAGAUUGGAAAUACCAAAAUUCGGCAUUGUCCUGGCUGACCAUAGAUUGUAAUGUUUGUGUAGAUGUUACUAUUCCACUUAUCUCCUCUUCAUCGUCUUAUAAAGAACAACAAAAAUCUACAAGGGUGAGUGUCUACAUAAAAGCAUUUUAGUGAAAUUUAGUGUUUGUCUGCAAAAUAGUUCUUUUUUUUUUUCAUUGAUUUUUCUUUUUUUUUUUUUUUAAGAAUGGUCUAAGCACCAUAAUCACUACAUAACUAUAACUUUGUUACAAAAUCAAAAUCUUACAAGAUGAGUGUGUCAUUAAAAAAGUGACAUUUUCAUAAUGUAUAGAACAUAUAAUAAAAUGUCACCUAUUCAGGUAGUACAGUGAUGGCGAACCUUUUUGAGCCCGAGUGCCCAAACCGCAAUACAUGCCAACUUUUUUUCCCUUAAAGUGCCAACACGGCAAUUAAACCUCAAUACUGAGGUUUAAGUUUAGAAAAAAACAACUCGUACUGUUGUCCGAACUAUUUAUAUAUAAAAAAUACUGUCCGAACUAAUUAACAACUUUUGUUUUAAAAGAACACAACACCAGAGAGUUCAAUGAUACAAAUUUUAAAUAAUGAUAUAAAUUGAUAAAAUUAAGCUUAUAUUUAUUAGUAUCUCCAACAAAUGCAAAACAUACACACACAGACUGCUGAAUACACACACACACACUGCUGAAUACACACACACACACUGCUGAAUACACACACAAGACUGCUGAAUACAGAGACUGAUGAAUACACACACACACGGUCUGCUGAAUACACAUACAUACAGACUGCUGAGUACACACACACAGACUGCCGAAUACAUACACAGACUGCUGAACACGUACACACACAGUCUGCUGAAUACAUACACACACAGUCCGCUGACUACACACACACACACACACACACACACACAGACUGCUGAAUACAUGCACACACACACAGACCGCUGAAUACACACACAUACUGCAUUGAGGGGUGUAGUGUAUGUGUUUAUGUGUGGGGUGCUGUGUGUGAGGGGUGUUGUGUGUGUGUGAGGGGUGUUGUGUGUGUGAGGGGUGUUGUGUGUGUGUGUGUGAGGGGUGUUGUGUGUGUGUGUGUGAGGGGUGUUGUGUGUGUGUAUGAGGGGUGCUGUGUGUGUGUGUGUGUGUGUGUGUAUGAAGGGUGCUGUGUGUUUGUAUGAGGGGUGCUGUGUGUGUGUGUGUGUGAGGGGUGUUGUGUGUGUGUGUGAAGGGUGAUGUGUGUGAGUGAGGGUGCUGUGUGUGUGUGAGUGAGGGGUGCUGUGUGUGUGUGUGUGGUGAGGGGUGCUGUGUGUGUGUGUAGGGUAGGGGUGCUGGGCGGUAAGGGUGCUGUGCUAUGGGGGUAGGGGUGCUGUGUGUGUUGUGGGGGUGCUGUGUGUGGGGGUAGGGAUGCUGUGUGGGGGAGUAGGGGUGGGGAGGGAAGCUGGUGGGGGAGGGAUGCUGUGUGUGGCGGAGGGGUGCUGUGUGGGGGGUAGAGGUGCUGUGUGUGUGUGGGGCUGGGGUAAAGGUGUUUAAAAAAAAAAAAUGCUAAAUCAGUAUCCCCUCCCUUCUUACCUUUAAUGAAGGAGGGGGGGACACAGCCAUCCCUGGUGGUCCGGUGGUGGCAAGCACUGCUUCCGUGUUGGGAGGCAGGGGGAGGGAUCUGUGAAGCAGCUCCCCUGUCCUCCCGCGCGAUGCUGUGUGGAGCGUUGCCAUGGUAACGUGCGGCAACGCUCCACACAGCUUGCUCGCGGGAGGACAGGGGAGCUGCUUCAUAGAUCCUUCCCCCUGCCUCCCAACACGGAAGCAGAGUAGGCGCCUGCUGUUUUGGGCAGGCAGGUGCCUACUCUGCAUUGAUGGCGAACCUAUGGCCGCGUGCCCACAGAAAAGGCCCGGUGUGCCACAGGUUCGCCAUCACUGAAGUAGUAGAUAAAGUGAUAGCAAAUAUAUAUUAUAAAGGUGCAAGUCUGCCAGUUUACUGAAAUGUGCAACCAUCCCAAAAUACUCCAACUCAUUCUCCGAAUGCAAUCUGCACAGUCAUACAUAGUACUGGGGUGUGAGCAGCAUUGUGUGAAUGCAUAAAUCACUCUACAAAUUAAGGAUAGGCUGAUUAUCGUUCCGCUAGCUAUUAGAGCCGAUAAUCUGUGUCAGCCUUAUAAUUUACCGAUAGUACUGAUAAGUCACUCACUUCUUCCAGUCACCAUACGCUGUCUUCUGCAUCCAGAAACUAUAGCUGCCAGUCAAUGAAGUGCCAUGUCGUUACCUCUCAUCACCUCUUUCUGUGAGUCCCCACAUGCAGAGCUCAGCUGAAGGCAGGGAGGUGAGACAGGGAAUAAUCUACUGUAAUAUACUGAGCUGGCUGCCUGAGAGUGAUAGGAGUGUGACUACUGUUAAAAGUCACAUUACUAUCAUUAACAGCACUGUAUUUGCUGGGAUCUCACUAAUUCCAACUUGUACUGGCUGCCUGAGAGUGAUAGGAGUGUGAUUGCUGUUAGUAUGUUCAGUUAAUGCCAGAUUUGAUGGUUGGCACCACAGACAGAAAAGCACUGCACUGCAGAAAAUCAGAUGGAAGAUGAAGAAGGAAGGGACUGGUAGGGGUUGGGGGUUGGGGGGGGUAGGCAGAACUGCAGAGCUUCUAACUUUAUAUUUAACCCAGCAUGCAUUUACACAGCUGCAUACACUCACUAUACUCAGAGAUACAAUACAUUACAAGCAGAAAUAUCCACAUACAUAUAUAUAUAUAUAUAUAUAUAUAUAUAUACACAUACAUACACAGUUAUCAAAUAUUAAUGUAUGUAUUUUAGAUAUUUUUAUGCAUGCAAUGUCCAGUUAAUAAAUGCAUUAAACUCACUUUAUCUGUUUAUUGGGGGGACUGCAAGUGGGAAGCUUAGAGUUCUUUACCUACAGGCAACUGGUAUGUAAUUCCAGCCCUGUUAUACAUGUUUUCUAGAGAAUUUGCGAGUACAAUGGACAGAUUAAAUUGUAUUUUUUUUUAUUCUGUUGCAGACUGGUCUUGCCAAGUGGGCCAAGGAACUUGAUGAUAUCAUAAUCCUUCUUAAUGGACAAGUUAAAGACAAAUCUAGUGAUCUGCUUGAAGAUCAAGUAAGAAAAUGACCAAUAACACCGAUCAAAAGUAUAUACAUCUUUAAUAGGUUUACAGAAAAAUUACAAUUCAGCUUGAGUUGCAGUUGUAGAUCAAAACAAAAGUGCUAUUUGUUUUCUAAUAUUUUGACCAAAUAUUAUAAAAAAGAUAACUUCAAUUAAAAAGUUUUUUUUUUUUUAAAUUAACAACAUAUAUCUAUAUAUCUCAAUCAAGCUAACUGCUAAACAGACAUGUUUAAUCUCAUUGUGACUGAGGCUUUCCAAGAUUCCGAGUGUUUGUGUUCUUAAAUUUCAUGUGUUGGAAGCAGGAACAAUAGGCAAGCGAAAAGAUCUUAGUGACCUUGACAAGGUCCAAAUAGUGAUGGCUAGACGACUGGGUCUGAGCAUCUUCAAAACUACAAUUUUUGUGGGGUGUUCCUAGUAUGCAGUGGUUAGUACCUACCAAAAGUGGUGCAAGGAAGGACAACCCGUGAACCGGCAUCAGGGUCAUGGGCCCCCAUGGCUCACUGCUGCACAUGGGGAAUGAAGGCUAGCCUGUCCGGUCUGAUCACACAGAAGAGUUCCUGUAGCAUGAGUAUCAGAACUGAACACAAUGGAAAAAGGUUGCCUGGUCUGAUGAAUCAGAGUAUCUUUUAGGUAAGGUGGAUGGCCUUGUGCUCGUGCAUUGUUUAUAGGUCCUUAAUGGGAUAUGUGCUAUGUGUUUUUUUUUUUCCAUUGUAAUUUAAUGCUUUCUCAUGACGGCUCACGUGCACUUUAUAUAUUUUAAACUUUAUACAAUGCCCUUUUAUUUUUAUUAGUGUGUUUAUUAAGGUUAGGUGGAUUGUGGAUUUUUGGGGAGAAAAUUAUCCACAGUUUCACUUUUGUAAGUAUUAUACUGUACGUAUUACACACUGUACGAAUUAUACAGAUUUUAAUAUCUGAUUCUUUAUCACUUUCAGAAAAAAGCAAGAUCGGUGGCUCAUUCCAGUUCACAAAUGAUUAAAGCAAGCAUAGUCAAGCCAUCAGUAAGUAGCAAUCUGGAUUGGGAUUUGCAGCAGUAUAUACACUGAUAAUGUGUACAUCUUCCUGGUUAGAUAAGUGUCAUUAUUAAAACAUCCUGGAAGUCUUCCCUGCUUAUUACUAGGUUGUGUUCAGUAAAUACAUCCUCUUCAUUGAAAAAUGCCUUUUCAUGGAACACUUUAGAAUUAGGAAUACAAAUGUGUAUUACCAACGCUAUUGUGUCCUAGUCAUUAUUUAGGUGACCAGGCCAGCGCUGCCAGAGUUUAAAAACGGAGUUUACUUACCUUUUUCUCUCUCUGCUCUGGUCUUCUUGCUCAAACUCAACCUCUUUGGCUGAGAUCAUCAGUGCUGACGAUCCCAGCGAAUCCAAUGCUUUUCCACAGAAAAGCAUUGGGAGUUUAGUGUGCAUGCAUGGCAAAAAUCCACGCUGCGCCAAUCACAUGGUCUCUUGAGGUCAUCUGACUAAACAAGCUGAGUUUUAAUCUGCUAUAUUAUGGAAGUGCCUCUCAUGACUUUCAUAUUGACGUUCCUGCAGAAGCAAUGUCUUUAACUGCAGGGUUAAAAGGGGGUGGGAAGAACAUGGCUUCUAUGAGAUGAAGUGGUCUGGGUGCCUAUAAGUCUUUCACAUUAUACCAACCUUCAGUUACCUUCUAUUUCAAUAAACCCACUCACUUUGCUUCUCAGUUAACUUUCUUUCCAGACCUUUUUUUAUUGUCAUAUUUCCCUUUGUCUCUGAUCUCCCCAGAUACCGUUCUUGUUUUUUGGAACUCUGAGGCAAGCAACCAUUUAUGGGCCUUGGCAGCAGUAACCACUUGCAGAUUGAUUUGCACUGUGCAUCAACACCCUUAGUCUCUUGUCAAAGUUCUGAUGUAGUGCUGACAUCAGCUUGACUCACUUAUCCAGUACUAUUUAAUGCUGUGCCCACAAAAGCUGCAGAGUUCUGCUUGUACAAAAUGGUACACUGGUACUAAGGGCUGAACCACAGAUACAAUGAUUUGCUGUUGUGAUUCUUUCCUCUAAAGAUCAUUUAUUAUUGUAACAAUUCAAAAUUCUGUAAGAACAACCAUUAUCAAAUUUCCAUUUCUCGUUUUAUAGAAAUGUAUUACAUUUAAUAAAAUUACUUUAGUUUUAAUUAUUCUUAUCUGUCCAACUGCUACUCACUGCUAUCUAACGAGCCAGCAGGCAAUUAAGGUUGAAUAGCAGUUUCUUAAAUAACAGUAAAAUCUGACAUAACACUGCUGCUCAGACAGAUAAAAAAGUGAUAUUUUCUCCAAAACAAAUAUCAAUAAACAUCAUUCAAAAAAUUAUAUAUUUUAUUAAAUGUAAUAAAUGGUUAAAAGUAAAAAGUUGAUGACAAUUAUUCUUUAAAGGACCACUAUAGGCACCCAGACCACUUCAGCUCAAUUAAGUGGUCUGGGUGCCAGGUCCCCCUAGUUUUAUCCCUGCCGCUGAAAACAUAGUAGUUUCAGAGAGAGGCGCACUAGAGGCGCUUCCACGAUUUACACUAAAGUAAAUCACACCUAAAGUAAAUCGCACUUAUUUGACUCUGGACGUCCUCACGGAGUCCAGCGUUAAAUAAGAUCCCCAUAGGAAAGCAUUGAAUAAUGCUUUCCUAUGGGUUGGUUUGAACCCCUUCAGCGCCGAGGUAGGGGGGCACUCCAAGAGCCUAUAGUGCCAGGAAAACUGGUUUGUAUUCCUGGCACUAUAGGAUCCCUUUAAAAGCUAGAAAACGUUUUUUGUCUGUGCUUGCUAUUCCUGUUUAAUGACACAAGAUGUCAGUAUAACAACAAUAUAAUGAAAACAUCAAUGUAUUGUUUGCGUGUCCCGUGACAUAUUUGAAGCCUGCUCUAGCACAUGACAUUUCAUAUUAUAUUCAUACUAAACAUAAUGUAACAAAACUUACACACCUGAUUUCUGUGGAACAAUGUUUUAGCUCUUUUAAAUCCCUUUUGUUUAAAUUUCUUGUUUUUAUUAUUUUUCUUUUAGUUAUUGAGCAACGACACUAGAUCUACAGCUGUUGUUCAGACCUGCAAAUCUUCUCUUAGAAUUCAAGGCAUUGUAAAAUGUAGAGCUUAUAUCCAGAGCACCAAAGCAAAAGUGAAUGAAGCUUUUCAGGUAUUUUAGUUAGUUACUUUGAUGAACAAGACCUGCUAGUGGGGAAUUCUGUACAACCAAUAGAUUGGGUUCAGUUGUGUUUAGAAAAUUGUAUACAAAUUUGUACCUAUAUUUUUCAUUUUAUUUCUAUUUUCUUUUGCAUACAGCUGACAUAUUCUGCCAAUCUAGCAAAAUUAGCAUUGUACGUUUUCAGAUAUAUUGUGUUUUUUUUGUUGAUGCAGACACUGCUCUUGAGUUAAAUUGGUAAUGAAAAUUACUAUUUUUCUAAAUAACGUUUGCAUUUCUGGAAAGAUAACAUGAAAUUACUGUUAAAUGUAUACAUAUAAGUAAAUUCCUCUCCUUAGUGUAUAGUGACAUUUGGCUGAACUUCCAAGGAGAGGUAGCUGAUAGGUGCCUGGGGACACUACUUCUCUUUUAAACUGUUCAAAAUGGUUUAUCACUAGAAGUUAAGACUAUAGGCACCAUCACCACUUCUUUGAGGUGACGUGGUUAUAGUACCCACCCUUUAUCUAGUGCUAUUGUGAUGUUCUUCAAUCUAAUGCGGAACCGAUGGUGCGUACAGUGCAUUCACUGUGCUCUGCCAUUUGGAUGCUUGAGUAUUCAAACGUAAAGACUGUUCAUAAAAAAUAACGCAAUACUGAGCAUGCUCCUAGUAUCUCUUUCCAUGGGUACAGUGUUUCAAGACCACGUCAUGUUUCAAUUGUAGCUCUUGUUAAAAGGUUACUCCAGUAUCAUAACCACUACAGUCUGCUGUAGUGUUUAUGAUGCAAUGAGAACCCUGUAAAUAUGGCAAUCUGUGUGUGUAAUCCCGACUCCCUGAUAUACCUCCGUAAAAGAAUUGUUGUUCAGAAAUUUUGUAUUUUUGGAUAAUAAGAGAAGUAAUUUAGCUUUGGUAGGCAUUGCUGAUCCAUGCAGAGGUGUGUUGUAGUAAUAAUGUAAUUUUUCAGGAACCACUAAACCUAUAGACUUCAUUUUGGUGUCAAAACAGUUAUUGGGGAUCAAGUAAUCUUAUAAAGACCGAAAAUGUAUCACAUUAUACUGGAUUGCUCAUAAAAAUGUCAGCUACAAUACGGAAAAUAUCUUCAUCUCAGAAAAUUGGCAGGAUAGGCUGGUCUUCAAUCUGAGCACGUACAUUUUGGAAUUUUUUUUAGAGCUGUGUAUACUGUUGCGUAGUUUGUGACUUGAAUGGUAUUACUAAAGAGUGACUAUAAAACUUAAUUUGCUUUUUCAUUGACUGCAAACUUAACUGAAGUCUGGCUGUUACGUUGCUGCUGGGAGAUCAUUGUACAGAUUUUCAAAUGUAUGCAUUUAUGCAGUUCUGGUGGCCAUACAAAAUCCGCUACAAAUUCACUUUGCUGUUCAAAUCAGCUACUCGGCCGAAAACUUCAUCUUGGAAGGAACUAGCUGCAGAUAAAAAAGCCUGUUUUCCCUUUGAGACUCACAUACUCUGUACUUUGUUCUUUCGUCAAUCCCUUUCACCCUUGUUCUGGCUAAACCACAUAUAACACAUUGAAGAUCCUCUGCUUUCUGAUCAGUGGUUAGAGAUGGACCAGUGGUAGCAACUAAUCUUCUUAGUAGAAGGGCACUGGAAUUGGUUGUUUUCACUUUCUCAGAAGACUCUGAAUUUUGUUGUAAUUCACUGGUUUCUGCUAUUUUUUUACUUUUUUCCCACUGUAUACGUCUUGUAGCACUUGUUACAAUGAUAAAUUAUUUGAUCCUCCUCACCCAUCAGUUUCAAUAUUUUGUGAACUUCCUCUUACUGUAUUUCUGCAGCAUCUCAAACUCUCUUCUGUCCAGCCGCAGUUGAUGUUGGCUUUUGUUUCAUUAGUUUGACAUAUGACACAUUUUUCUUUGUUGAAGGAGUCCACAGGUUUUAUAAUUGGCAAUACUCUGUCAGGAGGUAAAGAUCCUCUGCUACCACCUGCUUCACUCAUGUUUAUGAUUUUGAAGCAAUGGAAAACCUGAAACAAAACCAAUAUGAUGGCCAAAACACAUCAUUAUAGUGCUGCCAUUUUGGAAAAUGGUGGAAAGGUUGCUCUGAGGAGUUAUUUUCUGUCUUUGUUUUGACACCUAAAUGAAGAAUGUAGGUCUGAUGGGUCCUGAAAUAUAACAUCAUCACUGUAAAACAUCUGUCACUUUAAAAAUGUGAUUCACAAACGGAGGAUACCACACUCAAACUGAGGAAACCAGGUGCUUAUCAGGGCCGGUGCAGGCAAAACCCAGUUUAGUAGAUAAAAUAAAUUAUGUCAACGCACUCAGGAUUGCUGCAGGAAGGUAGGUUUAUUGGAACAAAAACUGCAACGCUUCGACCUACACAGCUUUAUAAAGACCUCUGUGCAGGCCAAAACGUUGCAGUUUUUGUUACAAUAAACCUGCCUUCCUGCAGGAAUCCUGAGUGUCUGGACUGAUUUUAACUUUUAAAAAUGUCGUCCAGACAUGGUUCUCGCUAACCGAAUCUAGUUUUGUCCUUUCUGACAGUUCCCUGUGCUAACCACUGUCUGACUGAACACAGGUUUGUUUUGUUUAUAUAUGGCUAUUCAUGCUUCAAAAAGUGAAUGUCAUUAUACUAUCCAUUCUUUUUUAAUGUCAAUUUUAUGCUUACCGAAUAUUGCAUACUCUGAAUUCACAACAAAAAUUGUCUUGGGGGGAAUCAUUUUUUCCCCUGAGGUAUAUCAAGGGUCCAGGAUUAAUCGGGGUUAAAAUUUGUACUGGAGUGUUUUAAUUGUGAAAAGCUGCACAAACAAUUUCCAGGCACCAUGACCCAUUCAAAUCACUGAAGUUGUCAUGGUACUUGGAGUAACCCUUCAAAAUACCUGAUUGAGCUUGCUGUCCACCAGCAAUUUCCUCUCACAACCUCCAAGCUAUUAAUAUUCACAAUAAAGUGUGUGAAAAGAGUCCAUCUCUAAUCCUUCAUUUUUAAAAAAAAAUGUUUUUUUAAAUAAAAGCAAUCCUUUUUUAUUUCUUAUUAUAAACACAUAUUUUAGUUUGACAAAACUGUAAAGUGAUAAAUGAUACUGGCACAAAGUUACUCAUGGUAUCAGCUGAAGCAAAUGAGGGAUUCAGAGAUUUAACUUGUUGUUGGCUCACAUUUAUAAUUCCGCAACCAAAGCCCAUAGAUCUAACCAACAUUAUAGAUUUUAUAGACCAAUAACUCGGAAAUCAUGCAUCUAACCUAGACAUCACACAUAAUGGGAUGGAGGUUACAUCGUUAAAGUGGUACAAUCUUCUUUUGACAUACUGUAAGAUUAAAAUCAAGCGUUUAAAAAGAAGGAGGAAAAAAAAGUCAAAACACCAUCUUUUUUUUCUCCAAGGCUUUAAAAAGAGAUAUUCUUAACACCAUUGCCGACCGCUGUGAAAUUUUAUUUGAAGACAUCAUCCUCAAUGGACCACAAAAUGGUAAUAAUUUCAUAAAAAGGACAAGAGUAUGUAUAGGGUCAAAUUAUAGUAUGGAAAACAGAGUAUGAUAUUGCACUCUAUUUCAUAGGAAUUAUUAUGUGACACUAGCGUGUUUAGUGUGACUUUAAUCAAAUUAUAUCACAAUCCUUGAUGGCAGCUUGUUUAUGUUUAAGGACUUUAGCCAGGGGUAGGUAGGUGAACCCCCAGCUAUUGUGGAACUACAGUUUCCUUGAUGCUUUCUCAAUUGCCUGCAAGGCAUCUUGGGGGUUCUUGUUCUGCAACAGCUGGGUUAUGUAUACCUGCUGGCUGUUCUUGCUUUGAGCUUUGCUUGGCCCACACACACUGUUGAUAUAAUAGACAGUUGAAAUAUUACAUGAGACUGAAGAUUACUAUGCAAGCAGAGGAGUUGACAUAUAAACUGUUUAUAAAGACCCACACGUGUUUUGCAUUCACCAUAAAUUUAGAAAGCAUAUUUUUUACUCCCAAAUGUAUGUGUGUCUGUGGAAGUACACAAUGACUUGCAUUAAAUACUUUUGCAUCAGAUACUAUAUGCAGAGAGUAAAAUAUACAAAAAGAGAACUAACUGAAGUGUAUCUUUGAUUAAUUUUAAUUUGGUCAGUCUGAAAUUAAUGUUCACUUCUACCAUUACAGAAGGGACCUAUACCCUUUGCAUAUCAGACCCACAGGGGCAGAAUGGAACCUAAAUACUAUUCUUGUCCCAUUCAAGAGGUACGAGAUGAUGAUGAAGUGAUUGGCGCAAUACAAUAUUGCAGCUUAACUAUAUAGUCAUUUGUGUUUCUUUGAAACCCUCACCUCCCAGCUGUCCCAUAUCUGCUGGGAAAGUCCUAUUUAGCAAUCCGUGUCUCACUGCCACAAGUGUUUUCUCUGAUGCUCUUCUCCAACUCACGUGAGGAAAAAAAUCACAAAAAAAAUGAGGUAAAUUCUGAGUCAUUUUGUGCCCACAUGCGAAUACAAUUUCAAACUGACCACUAGAUGUUACUGGACUAGAAAUCCAACAAUUGUUUGUUAGCCACAGGCCAUAGUUGUUUGUUCAAAAUCAUGUGGAUGUUCUUUUCAAAUAAAAUGAACAUGUUCUAACGCAUCUUAAUAUAUGUAGUACUUUUCAAUUGGCUUUCCACAACUGUGCCAAACUGAAAAUCAGAUAGGUUCAGCAUCCUUCUCCCUAUUUCACAGGCCCAUGUUUAAAACCUUAGAUCAGUCCCGGUGAUGUAAAGAAAUCUACAUCUCAGGGAGAGUGUCAGACAGGGGGCCAUUCAUUACAGGGGUAAUAAAUGCUAGUGGAGAAAAAGUUAGUGUCAAGGUUCUGUGAGUGGGGAAGGUUAUGUGACCGUUUGAAACAGAGGGACUUUUAUAAGGUGUUCGGUUCUAAACAGUGGAGCAAAGUAUGAAAUUGGGCAGACACGUUGCAUUGGUGACGUCGCUUUUUAAAAAACACUUUCAUAAAUCGUCCAGUGUUAUACUCUCUGUGAUGACCGUUUGUCCCGCAUGGCAUCCCAAACAGAUGUGAUGUUGAGAGCUGAUAAAUAGGGGGACAUAAUAUCACACCCAGGUCCUUGUGUGGCAUGCUGAUCCUUAUUCACUGCCCUAUUCACUGAUGUGGUUAUUCUCUUUAGUGAGAAAUGUGUUUGUUUGCUGACUUGUCAUUCUUUUGUUCUAGAAUCUGAAAAGACAACCACUCCACUUCCACAACGAGUGUUUGUUCCUAUACAUGGCUCCAGUGUAAUGCUUUGUGAUUAUGUAUUUGGAGAUGAAUCUGCUGAAGAUUUGCAGAAUCGUUUUGCUGAGAUUUUGGACCAAGAUGUACGAUUUGAUGGCAUCCAUUUUGCAGAGGAGAAAGGCAGCGUAAACAAAGCUGGUAUGUAAAGUCCUAUUAUAAUGGCCUUAGCAUAUUAGUGAAAUCUUCUAAAGUUUUUCUAUGACCGUGACGUACAUGUUAAUUCACUAAAGUCAGAAUAGUUGAGAAUUAAAUUUGAAUUUCAAAUUAAAGGCCAAAGUAGCUGAACUUUCAGCUACUUACAAGUUCAGGAUUACUUCACCAUCUACAGGGCAUCUACAGAGGCAUAUACAUAUAAAGCAUUGUAUGAGCACAAGCAUUCUUUGAUAUUUCUUCCAUGUGCAUACGUGCUUAGAUGAACAAACAUCUAUUAAAAAAAUAAAAUAAAACAUUCUAGGAGAAAAAGCCCAGCCAAAAGCUACAGCUAAGUUGGCAUUCAAACUGUGCAUAAGGCUUACAUUUGAAGACUAUAAACAAAAACCACACAGAGAGACAAAAUUACUAUUAAAUGAUCAAUAUAAGCCAGGUGCAAACCAUACAAGCACUCCCUCAAGUGCUUAAACACUAUAAUCACUAUAGAAUAUAGAAUGCACACUAUAACACUCACUGAUAUUAAAUAUAAACCUUUAAUAAGUAUGCCAAAAGAGAAUAUUUUUACGUAUUAUACAAAAUAGGAACAGAGUAACAGUACAAGGAAAAUUGCACUCAAAAUAAUAUAUCCAAACCUUACAAGCCUCAAGGCAGAGACACAAGUCACCAACUACCCCCAACGUUUCGGCACCAACUGGCUGCCUUUAUCAAGGAUACCUGUAUCUGUGUCCUCAUGUGUCUGCUUAUAAAGCCCCAACAGCUGAUGGACAUCAGCAUGUAAUUACCACCAGCCCCGGAAGUGACAUCAUCACCUCAGGUGCUGGUAAUUUAAAAGAAUAACAUAAUAUAUAUGCACAAACAAAUAAAAGCACAAUAUCAUAUACCUUGAAAUAAUUAAAUAUGCAAUGGAUGUCCUCUCCCUCGUCUGAACUCAUUAUCCCCACGCAUGCGUAUUAUACAGGGUGUAACCUCACACCGCCACUCUGUUUAUUGGCAUCGCACCUACCCACAGUAGUGCGCAUGCGCAGGCCGUCAACUUGCACUUGCGUACGCCUUCUAAUCGCGCGUGCGCAUUGCAUAAAAAUAACCGCUGCUAAUGUGUCAUAUACACGAGUGUGUAUACCGCGCUAUCUUGCUAGAUGGCUCUGCCCACACUCCAGAACUGGCACUUAGAUAUAGCCAAAAUGAAUGAAAAUACUGCUCGAAAACAACUCCAAUAGAAUGAAUAAACGGAGAAGAGGGUAGCAAUCUGUUAAGGGCUACAAACCAAAAAAUGUGUGAUGUUGGAUGCACCUAAUAGUAAACAGUGUAAACAACAACACACCUAGAUACCACCACCACCACCACCACCACUACCACCACAUAAUAUAAGCAAAAAUCACAAUAAGAAAACAAUCACCAUAAUCAAGUGUAAGAUAUAAUUUAUUAGAUAACACCCAGUGCUAUAGUUAUUGCAGUUAGGACAUUUAUAACAUUAUAUCAUAGAACAAUUCAUUUUAUUAUACAAUUAAGUAUAGUGACAAUGGUUACAAUAGUAUGACAUUCACACUAUAAUACAUAACAUGCAUUCUUAUUUAUACAAAGUUUACAUAGAUAUAACCAAAAAAAAAUCUUAUUCACUUAUAUGUAGCAUAAAUGCAUAAUGCAUGAAAGCUGUACUAUUAUCACAUCUGUGAAAUACUCAAAUAUUGACCAAACAAAAAUGGACUAUUUAUGGCAAAAAAGCCCCUCUAAUCCUGGUCCACUAUUUGAAGUAUACUUCCCCAAAAAACUAAUAUGCUCCAGCAUUAACCUGGAUCUCCAUACAUAUAGUAUGAGCAAUAUAUAUCAUAUACUAUAAAGACAUGUAUAGAUAGAAGUCAAAUCUUCAAUAAUGUCACACCAAAUGUAAUCCAUCAUCACUCAUAUAGAACAUCAUCAAUUCUAACCCUCCGUCCAAACAAUUUCCCUAGCAUCAAGAUCUAAAAAAGUAAAAGGAAAAAUAAAUAUUAAAAUAAAGAUACAGUCCAUACGCGGGCAGAAUCCUUGCCAUUUCUAAAAACUUCACAAAAAAGGGGAUAAAUCCUUCUCUUCGUUAAGACCUCUGGGUUACAAUGUCUGUAACUCCUAAAUCAAAUGUAGUUCUCGUUGUUUCAAUAAGGUAAUUCUGGAACCUACCCUUUUAGGGGGUUUGACUACUUGCAAUACCAUGUGUACUGCAGUUGGGAUAUUACAUGUUUUUGUUGCGCAAAAUGUCGGGCCACUGGAUAUUGCAAUUAGUUAGUCCUAAUAUUGCUUUUAUGUUCCCUAAUCCUGGUGGUAAAGGUACGUGUGGUCUUACCCACAUAUGCCAACCCACACGGGCAUUUAAGUAUAAAGAUCACAAAUUUGGACUGACAAUUGCAAUAAUCAUGAAUCAAAUCUUUCCUACCAGUUCUUGGAUGCGUGAAGUAAUCCCCUGUAAUUAAUCCAUUACAAUUAAUGCAAUGUCCACAACGAUGCAUAUCAGGCGUUGUCGUAAGCUAAUUUGCCUUGUACUGUUACUCUGUUCCUAUUUUGUAUAAUAUGUAAAAGUAUUCUCUUUUUGCAUACUUAUUAAAGGUUUAUAUUUAAUAUCAGUGAGUGUUAUAGUGUGCAUUCUAUAUUAUAUAGUGAUUACAUUUGAAGACUGUCAAGACUGCUAUAACCACUUCAUCUCAUGAAAUCAUUAAAAACGGUUUAAUGCUGAAUGGAAGGACAGCGCUAGGGGACUCCAUACAUAUAACAACUUUAAUGAGAUGAAGCAGUUACAGUGCCUAGAGUGUCUCUCUAAAUGUAGCAAACAACACAUAUAUCCUGGAACUAGGCGCCUCCAUCAUGAUUUUAUGUCAAUCAUUGUUAAAAAUUUUGUCAUUUUCUGCUAUUGAACAUAUGUAGUGGAGCUAGUUAUAUAUCAGGAAAGGACACUGGAAGCUUGUGAGAAUGCACCAUUCGCAAUUAGAACACAAAUGUUGCUUGAAAACAGCAGCUAAUACGGAGAAUAAAAAAGGGAGGAGAUGGAGAGAGCAAAACAGGACUUCCUGUGAGUAAACUAACAAGUUCACAGGUAUAUAAAUCAGUAACCCGAACUAAACAGCGCCAUCUACAGCUCAGAAGUGCUAUUCAUACAUAUGGCACAGAACAUGCUGUUGUACUUCCCAACAAUAGGUAAAAACCAAACAGCAGUCGAUCAUUUCAACAAAAUUUGCACUUCUGUUCCUCUGCAGUUCAGAUGUAUGUUGAAAUCAGGUGAAUCUCUUUAAUACUUUAUAACUCACAAACUGCUGAAUUGCAAUGGAAUUGACAUCAUUCAGUUAUUUCAAUUUCCCUGAAUUCCCAAACCAAGGGAACUGUUCAUAACAUUCUAAGCCUCCUAAUCUUAAAACAAGCACCACAACCACUACCGUGCUUCCCAUUGUAAGAAGUCAAACCAUUUUUUGGAAUGGUUUGACUUCUUACUUGGGGUCCUCCGGGAAACUGCUCCCUGACUCCACUUUAGCCGGAAUUUUCAUUUCUGAGCCAAGGCUAGUGGUACAGGGUAUAGCUCAGGAGACUUAACAGAAGUUCCUAAGCUGAAAUUUCUGGCUGCUGAAAAGAGGCUGCCCUCAGGUUAGAAGUCAAAUCAAAAUUUGACUACUGUAAUUAGAUAGGCAAUAUAACUCUAUAUUACAUUAAAGAGACACUAUAGUCACCAAAACAACUUUAGCUUAAUCAAGCAAUUUUGGUGUAUAGUACAUGCCCCUGCAGCCUCUCUGCUCAAUUCUCUGCCAUUUAGGAGUUAAAUUACUUUGUUUAUGAACCCUAGUGACACCUCCCUGCGUGUGACUUGCACAACCUUCCUAAACACUUCCUGUAAAGAGUCAUCUAAAGUUUAUCCUUUCUUUAUUGCAAGUUCUGUUUAAUUUAGAUUUCCAUAUCCCCUGCAAUGUUAAUAGCUUGCUAGACCCUGCAAGAGCUUCCUGUAUGUGAUUAAAGUUCAAUUUACAAAGCAAGAUAUAAAAUUGUUUAAGGUAAAUUACAUCUGGUUGAAAGUGAAACCAGUUUUUUUUAUGCAGGCUGUGUCAAUCAUAGCCAGGGGAGGUGUGGCAAAGGCUGUAUAAACAGAAACAAAGUGAUUCAACUCCUAAAUGGCAGUGAAUUGAGCAGUAAAACCUAAAAGUUGUUUAGGUGACUAUAGUGUUCCUUUAACUGUGGCUGAUGUAUCUUUUAUUUCAAAGUGUUAAUAACGUAUUAGCUGGUGCACUAAUGACCUUUCUAGUGGCACAUUAAUCUUUUUCAUUAUACGUCAACACUAUAUUUAAAAGACUCUGGAUAUUUCGUGACUAUAUGUCUGCAAGAAUCCCUCCUGCCCACUGCUUGUUUUAAUAUUUUUUAUAAAGCCGCAUCCUGUUUGCAUUACCGAUAUAUUGCUAGGAUUAGUCUAGAGGCCAGAAUUCCCCGUGCGAGUCAAUUCAGUAGAUCAAUAUGGUUGUUGCAAGAAUAACUAUUUUUGUCAUGUGUAUAAAAUCACUGUGCUUUUAUGCAAUCAUGAAAACCAGCUGGUGGAAAUGUAGAUUUUCUUCCUUUGUCAUAUUUACUCUAUAAAGUAAUCUUUGUUUUUAAUGUGGAAAAGUUUACUGCUCUGUUUCAUGUUCUGUUUUGAAUAAAUGUGUUUUCCCCCAAAUAAUUUUAUAAAGAAUGCGGCACUUUAAAACAAGCCGUGUAAAGAAUAUCACAGGCUCUCUUAUAUUUCCUGGUACGGUAUUCUGUUUGUAGCUAUUUUUUCUAAUUGUUUUUCAAUGACACAUUGGGAAUUAUGCAAUCAACACCUCAUUGUAGUGAUUAGAACUUGCACUGCUAAAUUCACACUAAAGUAGCCAUGCUAUGACUAUAGAUUGAAGUUGGAGGAUUUUUCAGAUCAUGUAAUUUAGCAUGAAUUUUGUUUUCUAUUCACCACAAACCUGUGUUUAGUGAAUACGCUUUAUUGGGUUUUCUUUUCAUUUAAUAAUAGUGCCAAAGUUACACAAAGCCUGUUUAUUUUUUAUUUAUUUUUCUGUUGCCUCAAAUUAUUUUUUAAUAAGCCCAACCUAUGUCCCCUCAAUUGUAGUACUGGGCUGAUUUUAUUUUGUUCUCCCUUAAAUUUAGUUCUCUCUAACAAUAUGAGAAAUGUAGUAACACACUACAGGGGCACUAGUAACAAGGGGGAGAUGAGAAAUGAAACACUAGUAACAGGGAAAGCAUACAGGGAGAUGAGAAAUGAAACACUAGUAACAGGGAAAGCAUACAGGGGAGAUGAGAAAUGAAACACUAGUAACAGGGAAAGCAUACAGGGGAGAUGAGAAAUGAAACACUAGUAACAGGGAAAGCAUACAGGGGAGAUGAGAAAUGAAACACUAGUAACAGGGAAAGCAUACAGGGGAGAUGAGAAAUGAAACACUAGUAACGGGGAAAGCAUACAGGGGAGAUGAGAAAUGAAACACUAGUAACGGGGAAAGCAUACAGGGGAGAUGAGAAAUGAAACACUAGUAACGGGGAAAGCAUACAGGGGAGAUGAGAAAUGAAACACUAGUAACAGGGAAAGCAUACAGGGGAGAUGAGAAAUGAAACACUAGUAACGGGGAAAGCAUACAGGGGAGAUGAGAAAUGAAACACUAGUAACAGGGAAAGCAUACAGGGGAGAUGAGAAAUGAAACACUAGUAACAGGGAAAGCAUACAGGGGAGAUGAGAAAUGAAACACUAGUACACGGGGAAAGCAUACAGGGGAGAUGAGAAAUGAAACACAAGUAACUAACAUACAGGGGAGAUGAGAAAUGAAACACUAGUAACGGGGGGGAGAUGAGAAAUGAAACACUAGUAACGGGGAUGAGAAAUGAAACACUAGUAACGGGGAAAGCAUACAGGGGAGAUGAGAAAUGAAACACUAGUAACAGGGAAAGCGUACAGGGGAGAUGAGAAAUGAAACAAUAGUAACGGGGAAAGCAUACAGGGGAGAUGAGAAAUGAAACACUAGUAACAGGGAAAGCAUACAGGGGAGAUGAGAAAUGAAACACAAGUAACGGGGAAAGCAUACAGGGGAGAUGAUAAAUGGAACACAAGUAACGGGGAAAGCAUACAGGGGAGAUGAGAAAUGAAACACUAGUAACAGGGAAAGCAUACAGGGGAGAUGAGAAAUGAAACACUAGUAACAGGGAAAGCAUACAGGGGAGAUGAGAAAUGAAACACUAGUAACAGGGAAAACAUACAGGGGAGAUGAGAAAUGGAACACAAGUAAGGGGAAAGCAUACGGGGAGAUGAGAAAUGAAACACUAGUAACGGGGAAAGCAUACGGGGGAGAUGAGAAAUGAAACACAAGUAACAGGGAAAGCAUACAGGGGAGAUGAGAAAUGAAACACUAGUAACAGGGAAAGCAUACAGGGGAGAUGAGAAAUGAAACACUAGUAACGGGGAAAGCAUACAGGGGAGAUGAGAAAUGAAACACAAGUAAGGGGAAAGCAUACAGAGAUGAUAAGAAAUUAAACAUUGUUAAUCUUCAUUUGCAUUUUUUCCUUGGUUUUGCCUAGUCUGGACUGGUUUUAUGAUGUCAUUUGCUAAAUGUUUGGUAGAAUUUUAAAAGAAAACAAAGCAUCUCGUGAAAAAUUAUUAACACGAAUGGUGUAAAUUCCAGAGAAGUUAAAGUUUCCCUUUAAGUUAGUAUAACAUUAAUUCUUUAUAAAAUAAUGUUAGUUUUCAUUAAUUCAAUUCCCCACACCCCAGAUUUCAAUAUAAGAAGUUUGUAUUUUUCUGACCUAAAUUGUAAUCUUAUUUUUUUGUUUAUGGGCAUGGCCGAAGGAUAGACUGAACUACAGAAUUCCUCUUAUGAUAUUAAAGAGUAAUUGUCACUUUCAGAGCAGGGCCAAUUCCUUGUUCUAUCACCCCUGUGAAAGCUUUUGUAGUAUUUGCCAAGGUGAAUAAAUCAGCAGAGGUCAGUAAAGAACUUAUUUGCCUCCACUGUUCUUCCAUGAUGCAGUGACUUUGCUGAUCUGAGAUUGCUUGAUGACACACUUUUGCUCUCAGUCAUCUAAUGUAGAGAUACCAUAAACAACAUGCACAAUUGGAAUGUUCUUCAGGAGUGCUGUACAUGUGCAUGUCCUGGCCCUACAGCAUUGAAUGAGUUAACUAAUUGACAUGCUUUCCCUAACAGUGCAUGUAGAUUUCAAAUAAUAUAAAACUAGAGAAGUUGUAAACUCCUAUUACAUGAUGUUCAUACAUUAAACAAUAGACAUGUUUUACAAAAACGAUAUAUUUCUUAAAAUGGUGUUAGUUUACAGAUUGUUAAUUUGUUUCAAUUGCAGAUGAGAACCAAGACCCAGAUGUUUCAUGUCAUCUAGAUCCUCUAAAAGAAAGUCAACCAAAGGCUUUGAAUAAGAACGUAACAUCUUCGAAACUUCAACAGAAUCUAGGUAGAAUUUUCAUGUACUUAUUGUUGCCCGACUGAUUUUGAAACAAGUGCUCAAAGCUGGAAUGUUUUCAGAUUAAAGUCUUGUAAUAGACAUGCGUAUUUGUUGCACUCUGCCAUUCAACAAUGAAUUGAUUUGUCAUGCAUAGAACCCCUUUUUAAAGUGAUUGAUUAGGAUAAAACCAAAUUGAAAGGGGCAAGUUGAUUAGUUUAUAGCGGCACUAUCGUCAGCCAGACCACUUCAUCUUAAAGGAGCACUAUAGUGCCAGGAAAACAAACUUGUUUUCCUGGCACUAUAGGGUCAUUAGGUCCCUCCCACCCUCGUGGCCCCCAUCCCGCUGGGCUGAAGGGGUAAAAGCCCCUGCAGCCACUUACCUUUCUGCAGUUCCAGCAACUUUCCUCCCUCUGCCGACGUCAGCUCUGAAUGCGCAUGCGCGGCAAGAGCCACGCACGCAUUCAAACCGCCCAUAGGAAAGCAUUACUCAAUGCUUUCCUAUGGACGUCAGCAUCUUCUCACUGUGAUUUUCACAGUGAGAAUUGCGGAAGCGCCUCUAGCGGCUGUCAGUGAGACAGCCACUAGAGGCUGGAUUAACCCUCAGUGUAAACUUAGCAGUUUCUCUGAAACUACUAUGUUUUCAGCUGCAGGGUUAAAACUAGAGGGACCUGGCACCCAGACCACUUCAUUGAGCUGAAGUGGUCUGGGUGCCUAUAGUGGUCCUUUAACAUUACAGUUUUUUAGAAAUGUAAAACUCGGUCAUGUGCAGGGGAAGCUCUUAGGAAUGCAUUGACUACAAUACUUUCCUAUGGUGAAUCAGGUCCACAAUUCUUCUCUACGAGGUGCAUUUGAUUGGAUCAUUGCAGAGGAAACCAUACCCCAUAAAUUACUUUACAGGAAGUGGAGAGGUAAGCAGCACAGAGGCAGCCUUGACUUUGGAAAAAUCAGUAAAAGUCAGUAAUUUAUUUUAAUAAUUUUUUGGCAAACUUGGGAGGAAAAGCCUGUAUUCCUGACACUAUAGUGCUAAAACCACCAUUUUGGUGAUUGCCCCCCCUUUCCUGGGGCUAGAAAGGUGAUUUACUUACCUUUUUCCAGCACUACGCGGUGCUCUCCCAUAGGAAAGCUUUGGAUUGGCUGAGAUUGUCAAUUCUGAUGAUCUCAGCCAAGGAUUCAGGGCGCGGGUAGAGCCAAACGCCGCCCAAGCUAAUCAGCAACUCCUCAUAGAGAUGCAUUAAACAAGGCAUCUCUGUGGGGAAAGUUCAGCGUCGCCAUGUAGAGAGUGGAGACGCUGAACAUCAGUGCUGCACAGUAAGCACCUCUACUGGCCGUCUGAGGAGUGGCCACAAGAGGUGUUCCUAGGCUGUAGUGUAAACACUGCGUUUUCUUUGAAAAGGCAUUGUUUACAUUAAAAACCUCCAUGAACAGACUAUACUCACUAGCACAACUACAAUAAGCUGUAGUUGGUCUGGUGACUAUAGUAUACCUUUAAUAUAACUGGGGACAGUGGCAUAGUUCUGAGAUAAUGCUCUAGUGUCCUGUUAAGAAAGAGUUCAACAAAUGCACGUCUGUUUUUUAAUGUUUCAUAUCUGUUCCAAUAGCUGGCCACCAGUAGAUGUUUGUGUUUACAACAGCUUGUGGAAACCCAUUUCCACCAUCAGUUCUGCAACAUUGAAAAAACAGCCUCUUGGCAGGAAUUGCAAAGCACUUGUUAAUUAUCUUCUUAACUACCUUGUUCUUUUGAAAGACAUAUGGUACUUAAUUAAAACGUGAGAUUUCUUAGGAAUAUCUACACACAAUAGAAUAAUGUAAAUCUGUAUAAUUUUAAAUGUUUAUGUAUUUAUUCAUCCUUCACAGAAAUAUUAGAUGAGUAAAACCGUGAGAAUUUAUGGUACCCCUUCAAAUACCAUGCUUUACCAUAAGACUCCCGAUAGCAUGCAUAAAUUAUGUCUGCAUAUCAAGAUAAUGCACUGAUACUGUAACUACAAUUCUGCCAAGUAUAGGUACUCUACAGGCUCCUAUUGUAGCCUGCAUGUAAUGUCUGUAGUGGACUUCAAAUGGCAAAUGAUUUAGGUAAACUAGAAAAAUGGUCAGAAUUGUGGCAACUGACAUUUAAUGUGGAUAAGUGCAAGAUAAUGCAUCUUGGACGUAAAAACCCAAGGGCAGAGUACAGAAUAUUUGAUAGAGUUCUAACCUCAACAUAUGAGGAAAGGGAUUUAGGGGUGAUUAUUUCUGAUGACUUAAAGGUAGGCAGACAAUGUAAUAGAGCAGCAGGAAAUGCUAGCAGAAUGCUUGGUUGUAUAGGGAGAGGUAUUAGCAGUAGAAAGAGGGAAGUGCUCAUGCCAUUGUACAGAACACUGGUGAGACCUCACUUGGAGUAUUGUACACAGUACUGGAGACCGUAUCUUCAGAAGGAUAUUGAUACCUUAGAGAGGGUUCAGAGAAGGGCUACUAAACUGGUUCAUGGAUUGCGGGAUAAAACUUACCAGGAAAGGUUAAAGGAUCUUAACAUGUAUAGCUUGGAGGAAAGACGAGACAGGGGGGAUAGAAACAUUUAAAUACAUAAAGGGAAUCAACACAGUAAAGGAGGAGACUAUAUUUAAAAGAAGAAAAACUACCACAACAAGAGGACAUAGUCUUAAAUUAGAGGGACAAAGGUUUAAAAAUAAUAUCAGGAAGUAUUACUUUACUGAGAGGGUAGUGGAUGCAUAGAAUAGCCUUCCAGCUGAAGUGGUAGAGGUUAACACAGUAAAGGAGUUUAAGCAUGCGUGGGAUAGGCAUAAGGCUAUCCUAACUAUAAGAUAAGGCUAGGGACUAAUGAAAGUAUUUAGAAAAUUGGGCAGACUAGAUGGGCCGAAUGGUUCUUAUCUGCCGUCACAUUCUAUGUUUCUAAGCCAAAAAAAAACUUGUAUACCUGCAGAGGAUACUAUAUUUCAUAUGAAAUUCACAGUGUGCAAAGAUGUGCAAAGACUUGUAAGCUAUGUUUAAAAUUGUUGACUUUUAAGGUUUUGACAAAGAAAUGGGGGAAAAAUUAAAUUAACAAAAUUUUGUUCUAAUGCGCUAGCCUAGUUAGCCUGAUGCUUACAUAACAAUUGACUUGCAUUAUUUUUUAUUUUUUUACUAAUGUUAUCUUGAUUAUUUUUUAUUUCAGGAAUUGUAAUGGCAGCAGCCGUGGCAAUUGUUGCUGUUCUAUUGUCAUUUCAGUAUUUACUUGAGUAGCAACAAUUCAAGCUCACCGACAAUGUACUGGGUUUCGUUAUAAACAAGCUGUUCUGACUGUAUUUGUAUUAUUUACAUAAACCUCUUAAACAUUACUUAAGUAGUGAAAUAAUUGGGUACAUACUGGAUCAAGAGUAAGAAUAAUAAUAGUGCACAUCUAAAUGGAUGCAACUUGUAUAUGUAUAUAAAAAAAAAAAGAUUGUGCACUGUGCAAAAUAGUAAAUUGAUGGGUUUAACAUAUGAUUAAAAAGUCACUGCCCGUUAUGGUAGUUAUGGUGCCCAGGAUUCCUCAUGUGCCAUCCCCCGGUUUUGUUUAGAGAGGGAUUUUUUUUCACAAAUCUUUCACUUUGCAACAUCAUUACUCUCUCGAUGUGUGGAUGACAGUCAACUUGUAACUGCAGUCAAAAUGUAACUUCUGUAAUAGAGAUUUGGACAGCAUGUGGGUUGGCACUGGGGGCAUAUUGGCAACACAUCUACUACUAUACACCAUAGUGGUUAUGGUGCUCAUUGUGGCUUUUUUAUAUGAAUGGCUUUUAUCAUUGUAUUUGUAGCGGUAAUAAUUCAGGAUAAUGUAAUAAUUUAACUAUCAUGUAAGCGCAAAAUGGGUGCACUCUAAACCAGUGUUUUUUAACCAAUGUGUUAUGGCAAACUGGUGUAUCUCAAACCACAUCAGGACUAUAAUAGGUUAAAUACAGCCAUUAAAUGUUAUUUAUUUAUUAUUAUUUUUUUUAAUCAGUGUCAGCAUUAACAUUAGGAUACCCAUCUGGUAAUGAAUUAAAGCUAAUAAGUCAGUUUGGCUAGAAGUGUAUCUCUCACUAAGGCUUUCAGUAAAUGUGAUAUUUAUAAGCUGCUGGCCAAGGUGAACAAGAAAUAAAGCAAUCGUGCCUUUCUCCCAUUGAAGAGUGCCUUGGAACAAAAACAUUUGGGAGCCAUUGAUUUAAACAGCAAACAAAAUUUAAAUAAUGUCUAGAAGGCAAUGUAUAGAUAAGUGUAUACUUGAACUAAAAGACUCUCCGUAUACUUUUUAGUCGUUUGCUAUUGUUGUGUACUGUGGGAUGACCUCCAGAACAAAAAGAUAACUUUAGUGUGCUUUAAUAAUAAAGCCUUCAUUCCUUCUAUCUUGUGGACUCACAUUUUUAAUGAGCAUCUACAUUAGGUAGACCUCCAGGUGACAUUACCUUGACACUUCAGACUAGGGGGGAACAUAGUCUUUAAUCCUUUCCUUUCUUCUCUGUCCACUCUUCUGAAGUCCUGUAAGAGAGUAAAAGAGCCACAUUUAUUGGACCAAUUUUCAGACCUGUAGAGAUUGUGGACCGGAUAGGGCUUAACCCAAAAUUUACUAGAACAGAAACACAAAUUGUAAGAGACGGUGUUCAAUUGCAAAAAAACAGGAAAGGGACUAGAUCUUAAACUAAUACCACCACUAGUAAGUUUAUUUGUCCUGGUAAUAUUGAUAAGUGUUAAAAAUCAAUGUAGUCUUUAUUGGUUUUAAAUACACCACACAAAACUCAUGUAGAUGAGAAAAAAAUAAUAAUUAUUAUAGUACACAACGUAAUUGUGAAAAGGGGAAAUACACAAAAGUGAAGAAAUUUAAAAUGAGGGGGUUCUGAAUGAGCCGAUGGAUGUAAUCUGGGAAAUCCUUUGUAUUUCCUAGUUGGUAUAUAUCAAGUGUACUUAUUCGUUUUGUUACAAGUUUACCAACUAACAAUUUGAAUAUCCAUUUCAAAGCUGAAAAUGUUAUGUUAGUUACCAUUUUUCACCUUUGUUUUAUUACUGCUGCCAUCAGAACUGUAUUGACCAUACAGUAUGCGUGUUUUUUACUGCUUCAUACCAGCUUGAUAUAUAUAUAUAUAUAAUGUAUAAUACUAUAAUAUAACCUAGAAUGCAAGCUUGUUUGAGCAGGGCCCUCAAUACCCUCUGUUCCUGUGUGUCCUUGUCUGGUUGCAAUCACGUCUGUUAGUCUGCCUGUUGUACAAAAAAGCAGAAUUUGUUGCCGCCUUAUAAAUAAUAAUAAUAUAAUACAUAAUGUGCUGUAAAUGUGCAAUCUGUUCUUGCUUUUGUAAACAUUUGAUGUUACAAGGAAUAACCAGAAAGAGGAGUAAUUCUGAAUUCUAAACCAUACCGUCAAUAAAAAAAAUAAAUAUAUUUAUAAAUUCAAACUGUGCCGUGUCCUUUGGUGUAGUAAGACAAGUUAGUCUGGAGUUUUAUGAACCCUUAACUGCAACCAUCAGGAAGAGAAAUUGACCAGACGUAAAAAACUUGAAUUGACUUGAGCACUCCAUCCACAGUUCCAUAGUCUGGUCAUCUUGGUUAGACCAUGGUUAGUUCAUGCUUUUUCUCUUCCAAUCUUUUUUAUUUUAUUUUGUUUUACUUGCGCGUCUCUGAGCUCCAGGC